AUAUUUUGUAGUGUGGUUCACAGAAGCCAAGAAAUCCCCACUYUACCAAAAGGCAGGCAUCUAGUGAUUAAUAUGUUAACAACAUGGGGUGAUAAACACUAUAUAGGACUUAAUGGUAUUGAAAUAUUCACUGAAUAUGGAAAACCAGCAAAUAUACAAGAGAUAACUGCAGAUCCUCUAGAUAUCAACAUUCUCCCUGAUUAUGGCAGUGACCCUCGUGUAAUCACUAACUUGAUAGAUGGGAUCUUUCGCACCAGGGAUGACAUGCAUUUGUGGAUGGCUCCAUAUACAGCCAGAGAAAACCAUUAUAUCUACAUAACGUUUACAGAACCUAUCAAAAUUGCAAUGAUAAGAAUUUGGAAUUACAACAAAUCUCGCAUCCAUUCAUACCGUGGUGCUAAAGACAUUGAGAUUUCCCUGGAUGACAAUCUCAUAUUUGAAGGUGAAAUACAAAGGGCAAGUGGUACUCUUGAUUAUGAUGAACCUUUUGGAGAUACUAUUCUAUUUACCAUGGAUGAGGAGAUUCUAGAAGCCAUGUCACUUUAUGACCAGACAUAUGAAAUACCAGAAGAYGAAGACAGUUUGAUCUACAGUCAAGAUUAUGAACGGCCAUCCACUGCUGACCGCGGAGAUGACCAGGACAGCGAUGAUCGACCUUUCACGCAAGCAAGGCAAAGAAGAACUACUGAGAAGGUGGAAGAAAGUACUGGAAACAUGUAUUUUGAUUUUGCACAAGACAUUUAUUUUGUCAAGUCAGCAGCUCCUUCUUUACGUCAUGYGUUGACUGCUAAAGCAGACAAUGAACCCAGUAGAAGACCUGAGAGCAGAGUGAAUAUCAAGAAGCUGAUACCAGACUAUGAACCAACACUUAUGCCAACAGGAUUYGUUUUCCAAUUCCAGCUGUUGUCUAGCUGGGGWGACCCAUACUACAUUGGUCUGAAUGGACUGCAGUUUUAUGAUGAAGAUGGUUACAGAAUUCACCUUACUGAAAACAACAUAACAGCUUACCCACAUAGUGUGAAUGUACUGGAUGGCGUGACAGAUGACAUCAGAACCCCUGAUAAACUGAUUGAUGGUGUAAAUGACACCAAUGAUGGCCGACACAUGUGGCUUGCCCCAAUAUGUCCAGGACAGAAAAAUUUAAUUUUUGUGAUUUUUGAUGAGCCUGUUACGGUUUCAAUGGUUAAGAUYUGGAACUACAGCAAGACUCCCAUCAGGGGGGUGCAGCAGUUUGUGUUACUAGUAGACGAUCUCCUGGUAUACCAUGGUAUCUUGCCGCAAGUUAUGACUGGAAGUGCCAUUCUACCUGGUCUUGAAAUACCUGUACCUCAUCACACUGUACUCUUUACUGACAGGGAGCAAAUAGCAAUGGCCGAAAGAAAGAAUGUUGUACGUUCUAUUGACAUGGAACAAGAUGUGCAGCUCACAAAUGACAAACAUGUUGUAACUCGUUAUGCAGACCCAAAGUCUGCUGGUAAAACUGCUGAUCCAGCUUUAAGACCUAAAACAAGUGUAAAGUCUCUGYCAAAGAAGACAAGAUGAUGUAUGACUAAUCAGGGUGCUCAAAGAGCAAAUUAAACUUUCAGGAAUGUGUCUGGAAAGACUUGGUCUUGCCAUUCAGUUGUAAACAAAAUUGAUUUAAAUUGUAGAUUCAGAAAAUAUAAUAUAUAUUGUGUUUAUUGUAAUAUAUAUUUAAUAAUGUAUGUAUUGGACAAGUAUAGAAUGAUUUUUAAGUUGUUUUUUUCUAAGUUGCUACUGUCCUUGGUACCAGCACUGUUAACAUUUUCUUGACUUUAUCACCAUCACUGCAAACRUAUUUGAAUUUUCAGUAUCAUUGUCAUCAUUAUCUUAACAUUGCUACUUUUAAACAUUACGGAAAAUAGUAUAGAAGCAAUAAAUAGGUUGAAGAACUUCAUACAAACUGUUAUUAGUAAUAAAAUCCAGUUAUUGAU